ACUAAAAUGUCAGUCAUAUGAUAGUUCAGUCAGAAAUUUGUUUCCCCCAAAAGCAAAAUGAUCCCUAAAUUCACUAAACUAUGAGUGUAAUUCGUAUAACUGGUGUUUGUAAUUGAAUUAAAAGUUUGUUUCGGAAUUUGGCCCCUCUCGUAGUUUUGUUUGUAAAGUAGUCAUGUUCGCGGGAUUCACAGUAUCGAUAUUAGCUUGUGUUAUAUUUUUGGAAGCUGUGAAAUGCUCUCCCAAUUGCAGGGACAGCAGGAGUAGCCACUUACGAUUAGACGGAGGUUUAUGUUUUGAAAUUCCACCAUGGCAGCACCAGCCUGUAGAAGUAGAGAAACAUUUGAAUAAGAUACGUGAUACGUGGGGAAAUUCCGAACGACGGAACACGAGGCUUCCAAAAUUUCCAUUAGAUAAUCGAGAAGUUAACCGAUAUGUGGAUACAGUAAUAGCCCCUUUCUUAGACACUUAUCACAGAAACAUCCAAAAUUCCUACCAGCAGUUGACGAAUACGAUACUCAAAAAGAUCAAAGAUGAAAUCAACGUCGCUAUAAGGAAGAAGCACAAAAUCUAUACCGAGCUCACGGAGUUGGCGGAUACCUUAAAAGUUCCAGCCAUGUGCGAUGAAGAGCGUCGAGCAUCGCGCACGUUGGCAAGCAAGCACGUUGCCCUCAUUUACAAGUGCACGGAGCACGCUCGCUCCUCCAUAGCAGAGAUGGGCAAGUACGCGGAAGAGAUGAUCACAAUUACCCGAAAUCACAUGGAUGUUGCUCUAACUGAAGUGGCUGAGAAUUUAAAGAUUGAUGAGACAGCCCGAAACACCAAAAUAGUGAAUGUGACAGCCUACCUCAAAGAACUAUCCAAAGCAGCUGUAGCCCUAGGAUAUGAGUUAGACCUCAGUCUCACCAACGCCAGACGCCAUAACGAACAGUCUUGUGAGAAACUGACUAACUGUUGUAACAAGGCCAGGAGGAACACUGACGAAGCUGUCUCGACUUUACGUGAACAUUUGUAUCAAUGUGUUUAUGCUUAACUGCUUAAAUAUAUCAAAAUAAAU